CGAUAGCCCUACCUUGUAUUGAUUAACCCUGCAUCCUUCACCGUCUAACGUCAUUCAGUGUAUACUUGUGAGGGAGAUGUUGGGAAGACUGACGUUUAGAUAUAGCAGUCAAAACACUAUUGAACUAGAAACCUAUUGAUACACGUGAAUUAAACUAAAAUUUGAUUAUUUUGAAUUCCUAAAACUACUAUUUGUGCUUAAAAUUAAUCGUUGUUCUUAUUCUACGUAAUCAACGAGCACAAACGUAGAGCUGCUGUACGGUGAAUUUAUUUACAAUUAAUGGACUAAAAUCUGUAAGUAAAAACUGACUGCACACUUGAACUUAUGCUAAAAUAAAACCUAUUUACAGCUUAAAGCUAAUCCUACAGUAAAAGUGGAGUGCUAAAUAGAAGUCCGAAAGUUUUUGAGUCGUAAAAUUCACCUGUCAGCCAACAAAUCUUUAAGAGAUUUUAACACAACCUGUUUGAGGUUAUUCGAUUUUUGACCACUCGAUCUGCGAAAAGGAGCAAUGUCAAACACUGCUGGACGUCGUGCUAACUGCACAGUGCGAAUGCUUACGGAGGAGGAAUCCAUGCAAGAUGUCAAUUGCCCUGCCUGCAAUCGGCCAGACGUUGCCGAUCGUAUGAUGGUGCAGUGUGACUCAUGUGAUUUGUGGUAUCACUUCACAUGUGUGGGAGUGGAUGAGUCGGUGAAGGAUCGUAGUUUCCGCUGCGGACGCUGCUCACGUCUAUCGUCUAGAGCAUCUUCACGUACAGGACAAUCAUCUUCUACUGCUGGCAUCCGUGAAAUGAUUGAGCUCGAAUUACAGCGUAUUGAAGAAGAAAAGCAGAUGCAAGACCGAUUGAUCCGUGAAGUAGAGGAGCACGAAAAGUCUUUACGUGAACGGGCAAUGCAGGAAGAGUUGGAGAUGAAGCGAAAAGCGAACCAAGAAAAGUGGCAACGAGAGAGGGAGUACAUAAGCAAGAAGUACAAUAUACUGCAGUCUGCAACGGAGGUAGGAGAUAGUGUGAGCCGGAAGAGUCUACGUAGUAACCGAAGCACCAGUAGCACGGUACGUCGAUGGUUAGAAACCCAGAUCAAUGCGGCCGCGGUAGAAGUUACAACGAGUGUCAUCACCCCAGUGACUACCGUGUCGUAUACUGGAACGAUCCCGAAACGCACCACUGCACCGGAUAGUGUUGCCAGUAGCAAACUAGUCACAUCAGCUCCGACAACCAAUAUUGCAGAACAGGCACAUAUUGUCCCUAGUUCCGAUCAGAACUCGUUGUACAGCAUAGCUGUCGGAGGAGUAGCUUCGCCAGAAUGCCCUCAAUCCGUCGGCGCCACUGGACAACUGGACGCCGUCUCAGUUCCAACAUCGACAUGUGUUCCCGAGUAUCUAACAACCGAAGACGAUGUGAUAUCUCCUCCCACAACGAAGCAAUCAGCCUUAUCAAAGGCAUAUUCGCGAAUCUCGACGGCGGCAUUGAUGAGUCAGGCGAACUUGGAGCAACAAGUGCGGGAUCUUCAACGUCAACUGGAUAGCCUUCAAACUAUGCGUAAUCACCAGACUCAACCGAGUCGAUCCAGCCAGCCAUCCAAUGCGUGCGACACGGGGAUACACGGUAGGGUACCGUGUGAAGGUAGGUCGAAACCGUCCGUUGUCACAUUUUCGACGGGUCAAGUGGAUCCACCACGCUUCGGGGAACCUUUGUUCAAUUCGACUCCGGCAACAAUCUCUUACAUCCCUAGGGUACCGAACAGUGUUUUCCUUGGCUCUUCGUGUCCGCCAGCAUCAGCUAAUGUUCCUCGCACCAUGCAUCAUCCCUCCGUAACAAGUAUCCCAAGUUACCCUAACCCGAUCUCGUCACCAUUGGUUGUGCCGAGUUUCCCACCAAUCGAUACGGUUUAUAGUCCGACUGCCCAGCAACUUGCAGCUCGGCAUGUUGUGCCGAAGGACCUUCCACAGUUCGAUGGGAAUCCGCUGGAUUGGCCACUUUUCUUUAGUAGUUACGCCAACUCUACUCAGAUGUGUGGUUACACCGAUGCGGAAAACCUCAUGCGGCUACAACGUUGUUUAAAGGGAAAUGCUCUUAGUGCGGUCAACUACCAGUUACUGCACCCUUCCUCCGUACCCCAAGUACUAGACACCUUGCGCACAUUGUAUGGUCGUCCCGAACUGAUUGUAAAUUCUCUGCUCAACAAGGUACGAUCUACGCCAGCACCUAGAGCCGAUAAAUUGGAAAGCGUAAUCAGUUUCGGUCUCGUAGUGCAAAAUCUGUGUGGCCAUCUUCGGGCAAUGGGUAUGAAUAACCAUCUUUCAAAUCCUACCCUCCUGCAAGAAAUGGUAAGCAAGCUGCCGGCAAGUGUGAAACUUAGCUGGGCUCUGUACCAGCACCAAAUUUCAUCAGUAGACUUAAGUACGUUCGGGGAUUUCAUGUCUACCAUCGUUUCUGCCGCCAGCAACGUUUCUUUCAAUACUGAUUUCGAACCAAAACAAGACAAGUCGAGAGUGAAAGAAAAGGGAUUCUUAAACGCGCACGACGAUGGAGAAACAUCGAAGCGACAAACCGAAUAUCAACAGGAUAUCAAUAUCGGGGAAAAAACAUCGGUUCACGCGAAGCCAUGCCCAGUCUGUGAAAAACUGGGCCACAAGGUGAAAGAAUGUUUUAAGUUCCAGAAAAGUACUAUUGAUGAGCGAUGGAAGCUAGUGCAGCAGUUACAGCUUUGUAGGCGUUGCUUGACCACACACGGUAAGUGGCCGUGUAAAGCUCCAGCUUGUGGAUUGGACGGGUGUGAGUUGAAACACCAUAAGUUGCUACAUUCGGAGCAACAGGAACCUUCAUCAAUCAACGAAAAAUCAUCACCAGUGACCGCUAAGAUAAAUCUUCAUCGUCAAGGACUACGUUCAACGCUCUUCCGGAUUAUUCCAGUUCGCUUAUACGGCAAAGACGCGACAGUCGAUGUGCUAGCCUUCUUGGACGAUGGCUCUUCAUAUACACUGGUAGAAACAGCAGUCGCAGAUCAGCUAGGAGUCGGAGACGGAGAAGUACAACCGCUGUGCCUGCAGUGGACAAACAACGUUACACGCACAGAAACCAACUCAAAGGUCGUGCAGUUGAAUAUCUCCGGUAUUUCUGGUGGUAAGCAAUACGCGCUGGAUGAAGUGCGAACGGUGGAGAGCCUCUGUUUGCCACCACAAUCCCUUCGUUACGAUGAGCUGGCACAACAGUUCCCCCAUCUUCGUGGAUUGCCGGUGAACAGCUACAAUGGAGACGUCCCUCGCAUCCUGAUCGGUUUAGAUAACACCAACCUAAUGGUGACUCUGAAGAUGAGGAUGAGGAAACCUAGAGAACCAGUUGCAACGAAGACCAAGCUGGGCUGGACAGUCUACGGCAACGUGGAAGGUUUGGACGACCCGCCCGAACAUAGACUGCUUCACAUUUGCGAAGGACCAUCCGACCAUGAACUGCAUAGAUUGGUUGAAAAUUUCUUUUCCGUUGAAUGUACUGGAGUCAAAGUCGCUCCUAUAGUAGAAGCAGAUGACGACCGUCGGGCUCGAGAAAUAAUGGAGAACACAACAGUCCGUACGCCAUCUGGUAGAUUCGAAACGGGGCUAUUGUGGCGGUACGACCAUUUUGAGUUUCCUGAAAGCCGUUCAAUGGCAGAGCGACGACUACGGUGUCUCGAGCGUAGGCUGUCGACGGACGCAGAGCUCAACGACAAAGUGAAGAAGCAUAUGGACGAGUUGGAAUCAAAGGGCUAUAUUCGUAAAGCGACACGCCGUGAGUUGGACUCCUUCGACCCCCGAAGAACUUGGUUUCUCCCCCUAGCACUAGUUUUGAACCCAAACAAACCAGGCAAAAUACGUAUGGUUUGGGAUGCUUCUGCAAAGGUAGAAGGAGUAUCAUUUAACUCGAUGCUCCUAAAAGGACCUGACCUCCUCACAUCGCUCCAGUCGGUUCUUCAUCGCUUUCGUCAACGUCAGAUUGCCGUAGUCGGAGACAUCAGAGAGAUGUUUUUCCAACUCCUUAUCUGUCCAGAAGACCAACAAUCACAAUGUUUCGUCUGGCGUGACGAUCCGUUGUCUCCUACCGAUGUUUACAUUAUCAAUGUUGCGACCUUUGGGUCGACAUGCUCGCCAUGCUCGGCCCAGUAUGUAAAAAAUCGCAAUGCAGAAGAAUGGAGGUGUCAAUUCCCAGAAGCCGUCGAUGCCAUUAUCCAUAACCACUACGUGGACGAUUACCUCGAUAGCAAGGACACCGUGGAAGAAGCCAUACAAAUAGCCCUUGAGGUCAAAGAAGUUCACGCUAAAGGCAAAUUCGAACUGCGUAAUUGGUUAUCUAAUUCGGAAGAAGUUGUUCGACGAGUCGGGGAAAGCUCUAAUAGCGAUAACAAGAACUUUGCCAUGGACAAAGUGGCAGGAGUAGAGCGAGUUCUCGGUAUGCAGUGGAUGCCUGCUACGGAUCACUUUACAUUCUCACUGUCAUUGCGGGACAACGUCGAGCAGCUGCUUGUUGGGAAUAAAAUACCUACGAAACGAGAAGUUCUUCGAGUCGUUAUGAGUAUUUUCGAUCCACUGGGGUUGGUAGCAGCAUAUGUAGUACACGGCAAAUGUUUGGUGCAAGAUAUUUGGAGAAGCAAAGUGGAUUGGGACCAGAAAAUCCCGGACGAAAUCUUCAAGCGCUGGUGCCAAUGGACACACGCACUUCGUGGGCUGUCCGCAGUGUCAGUACCACGUUGUUAUUUCCCAGGUUACAGCCUAUCCAGCCUACAGAAUAUUGAGCUGCAUGUGUUUGUGGACGCGAGUUUGGUGGCCUUCUCCUGCGUAGCAUACUUUCGAGUCUUUGAUCAUGGUCAAUUUCGCUGUGCUUUGGUAUCGGCGAAGUCCAAAGUCGCCCCAUUGAAGCCGUUAUCCAUCCCACGUUUAGAACUCCAAGCAGCUGUGAUAGGGAGUCGACUAAUGAAAUCAAUUCAAGAAAGUCACUCCUUACCAAUUCAACGUCGAGUAUUAUGGAGCGAUUCGAGCACGGUUUUGUCAUGGAUCCAGUCAGAUCAGCGAAAGUAUCGACAGUUCGUGGCGGUUAGAGUUGGCGAAAUCCUUAGUCAAACAACGAUCGAAGAAUGGCGAAAAGUUCCAGGAAAGCUGAACGUUGCGGAUGAGGCGACCAAGUGGGGCGAAGGCCCAUGUUUUGAUAAGCAAUCUCGGUGGUUUUCUGGCCCGGAGUUUCUAUACAAGGACGAGACGGAAUGGCCUUCCAACAAACUACCGAAGCCGGAUUCUACAGAAGAGCUGCUCGCAGUUCAUGCACAUCACCGGGAAGUUCCUGCGUCAUUCAUUGAUUUCAAACGAUUCUCGAAGUGGGAACGGCUUCAACGUUCGGUGGCAUACACACUUCGAUUCUGUGGAAAAGUUGCUGGAAAAGUUUGUCAUGAACAAACAAAGGACGGCGCACAUUUGACGCAGGGUGAGCUACAGGCAGCAGAGGAAGCGAUAUUUCGAUGGAUACAGGCAGAAGCAUACCCGGACGAAGUUUUUGCGAUCAAGAGAGAGCAACUGCGGAAUUCAAAUGUGACACCGAAACUAGAAAAUUCUAGCCCUCUACGUAAACUAUCACCGAAAAUGGACUGCGCUGGAAUUCUACGGAUGGAUGGGCGGAUUGGAGCUGCACGUUUCGUGUCGUAUGAUACCAAAUUCCCCAUAAUCCUUCCCAAAAAUCAUUAUGUUACCGCUCUUAUCCUGGACUGGUAUCAUCGACGAUAUGCACAUGGAAACAACGAGACUGUCGUUAACGAAGUCAGACAGAAGUUUCAUAUCUCCAGCUUGAGGAAUGCGAUCCGUACUACCGCAAAGAACUGCAUGUGGUGCACCGUGAACAAAGGCUCUCCUCGAGUACCUCGAAUGGCAUCCCUUCCGGAAUGCCGCCUUGCAGCAUACGUUCGACCAUUCACCUUUGUUGGAGUGGAUUAUUGCGGCCCGUAUUUCGUUCGUAUUGGUAGAAGCAACGUGAAAAGAUGGGUGGUUCUAUUCGUGUGCCAAACAGUUCGAGCUAUACAUCUUGAAGUGGCUAGUAGUCUAUCGACAGACUCUUGCAUCUUGGCGGUUAGACGCUUCAUUGCGAGAAGAGGCGCUCCGAUGGAGAUCUAUAGCGAUCAAGGCACCAACUUCCAAGGCGCAAACAAGCAACUGAAGAAUGAGUUACGGAAAAUCAACAGGACACUGUCAGACACUUUCACCAACCGAGAUACGUUGUGGCGUUUUAACCCUCCAUCGACCCCACAUAUGGGUGGUUCAUGGGAACGGUUAAUUCGUUCUGUUAAGAUCGCUUUGAAUACCCUAUCUACUUCUAAAACUCCUAGUGAAGAAACCUUCCAAACUAUACUGAUCGAAGUGGAAGCGAUGGUCAAUUCUAGGCCAUUAACCUAUGUUCCCCUGGUAACUGAAAACGAAGAAGCUUUAACACCGAAUCACUUCCUUAUGCUGAGUUCGAGUGGAACAGUUCAACCGGCAAAACAACCUGUAGACAUAUCCAAAACUUUGCGCACCAACUGGGGCCAUGUUCAGGAGGCCCUCGAUAGGAUGUGGAAAAGGUGGAUACGCGAAUAUCUGCCAACAAUCAGUCGCCGAACGAAAUGGUUCAAGGAGUCUAAACCACUGCAAACCGGUGAUCUAGUGAUAAUCGUUGAUGAAGGAGUCAGAAACAGCUGGGUACGUGGUAAGGUACUUCGGACAUAUCCAGGAAAGGACGGAAGAGUACGUGUUGCUGAUGUACAGACGAGUGGUGGAGUGUUGCAACGUGCAGCGGCUAAGUUAGCAGUCUUGGACAUCGCCGGAAGUGGUACAGCUGAAGGAAGCCUCCAGCAAUACGAGUCGGGGAAUGUUGGCGAUAGCCCUACCUUGUAUUGAUUAACCCUGCAUCCUUCACCGUCUAACGUCAUUCAGUGUAUACUUGUGAGGGAGAUGUUGGGAAGACUGACGUUUAGAUAUAGCAGUCAAAACACUAUUGAACUAGAAACCUAUUGAUACACGUGAAUUAAACUAAAAUUUGAUUAUUUUGAAUUCCUAAAACUACUAUUUGUGCUUAAAAUUAAUCGUUGUUCUUAUUCUACGUAAGUAAAACUGUAUUACACAAUCACGAACAUGUACUUAAUACUAAAUUGUUAAAACUAGGUAAUCAACGAGCACAAACGUAGAGCUGCUGUACGGUGAAUUUAUUUACAAUUAAUGGACUAAAAUCUGUAAGUAAAAACUGACUGCACACUUGAACUUAUGCUAAAAUAAAACCUAUUUACAGCUUAAAGCUAAUCCUACAGUAAAAGUGGAGUGCUAAAUAGAAGUCCGAAAGUUUUUGAGUCGUAAAAUUCACCUGUCAGCCAACAAGC